UCUGUCACUCCUAAACGCUCUACUCCCUACUACAUGCAGUGCAGUACGUUCGCCUCAGAGGUCUUCGAGCAUCUGCGACGAUCGAUCAGAGGGUCUGUUUCCAUGCCAGGCUUGAGUUUUGCUCAGUGUAAGCUUAUUGAAGAGGUCAACUCCUGAACUGACCUUGGCAAAUUCUUGCAGUUUCUCAAUAUGACUGCAACUGAAGCCAUGGUAGCCAACAAGAAGUUCAACAUUAAAUUCUCCAUGAAAAGAAUAGAAGCCACUCUUGCAUGUGGGCUGGAGCAGCUGGAAUCAUUUGUUGAUGAAUGCAAUCACAGUAGUUCACGGAAUAAAAGUAAUGGAGCUGAGAUGAAAAAGACUCGCAGUAUUCGUCCUUCUGAUGGGGGAAAGAAAUUGGAUCCUGCACAUUUGAAGGCAAAGCCCUCUAUGCCAGGCUCUAGAAAGCGUGGACCUCCACAAUUGGAAGUGUGCCAAAAGGAUAAGAGGCUAAGGAUGGAUCGUAGUCUGACUUAUCAGUGUUCCACCAUUUUGAAAAAGCUGAUGACUCAUCCAACCGGUUGGGUUUUCAACCAACCAGUGGAUCCUGUGGCAUUGAACAUUCCAGAUUACUUAUUGAUUAUAACCAACCCCAUGGAUCUGGGAACAAUAAAGUCUAAACUGGAGAAAAAUAUGUAUUUUGGCUCCGAAGAGUUUGCAGCUGAUAUCAGAUUGACCUUUUCCAAUGCCAUGCUUUAUAAUCCUCCUGAUAAUAGCGUCCACAAAAUGGCACAGGAAUUAAACAAUGUUUUUGAGACAAGAUGGAAAUCUCUUAUGGAAAAGUGGAAUUGUGAAAGCUCAAAGGUUGGGCAAGUGAAACUUUCAAGUGGACGAAUGAAGGAGGCUGCUGAUACGAGACAGGAUGCUCAUAAAGCUCCUCCUCUGCAUAAUAAUUUAUUGCAUAAGAAGUCAUUGCCAUCCGUUGAAAAGAUCAGGAGUUCUGAUGGAGGAGAUGUAGAACUCACCAAAACAGUAUGGGACCACCCAGCGAAGUUGUCAGGAAAAGAUUUUUACAAAGGAAUUGCCAAUGGCAGCAGACAUGGUUGUGGCUCUGUCAAUGCUGAACCUCCAUUGAGCUCAAUUGCACGCACAUGUGUUAGAUGUGGUGUGAGUGCAUGCCAGUGCAGCCUACCUUGUAAUGCAACCAAUGCAUCCACAAGUGAUUUAUCUUCGGAAAGAUCAUUGGACAGAGAUCAUCGCAUAUGUGGUUUUGAUGCUUCCAGACAGGCAAAAAGCUUGCCGGUAUCGUGCAUAAACAAGUCAGAUUCAGAUUCUGAUGGUGCUAUAUGUGUGUUAGAUUAUGAAAUUGCAUGCCUUAGUUCUCACUCCACACCUCCUACAACAGAUGCGGCUCCUGAAGGAGGAUAUCCAUAUUUUGAUGUACAGCUGUCACCAAAGAAGGCUAUACGGGUGGCAAUGCUGAAGAGCCGAUUUGCUGAAACUAUUCUGAAAGCACAACAUAAGACACUGCUGGACCACGGUGAUAAAGCCGAUACUUUAAAGAUGCAGCAGGAAAAGGAAAAAUUGAAAAGGAGACAGUGCGAAGAGAGGGCUAGGAUUGAAGCCCAAAUGAGAGUGGCAAAAGCGGCCUUACAAAUAAAGGAAGAGGCUGAUCUGAAGCAUCAGCGGGAAAGGGAAAGGGAAGCUGCUCGAGCUGCACUUAACAAGAUUAAAAAAGCUGUUCAUCUUGAGGAGAAUGUGUGGAUUCAGAAGGAGCUGGAUAUGUUACUUGGUUCUUCUUUGUCUUGCUCGCGAUCCCUAUUGGAGCAGCUUGGUUUGUUUAUCAAAGAUGAAGCCAUGGAAUAUGAUGAGAUGGAUCUGUAUGUAGAUGGGGAGGAAGGGGAGAUUUAUUAAUGAAGUUGACCUCUAUUAUUUCCAGCAGUGGUUGUUUACAUCAUUAUACUAGAGGGAAAAGAGACGUUGUUUCGAAAAUGACUAUUCUUCAACCAGGUGAUGGAAACUGUGACAGAUCGGAGGUGUUUACUAAUUAAUAUAAUAUGGUGUAAAGCCCUUUAUAUAAAAUUGUUCUAUAAUAUGCAGUUUCAGUUGAAGAGCU